GAAUUCAGCCCUGACAUGUCAGAUGAUGUUGCUAGUGAUGUAUCUGAAACAAGCGAUAUGUCAGAGGUCAGUAAGGUUAGCACCAUCAGCGUCAGGUCGACCCAGUCAGAGCGGCCGAGACGGAAACUCAGGUUAGAAUUUUAUUUCUUUGGCAAUUCUCAUACAAUCAUAUCAGUGGAAUGGAUACAUUGAUUAUAUGACAAUCAUUAAGUAACCAACUUUCUGAUGCUUCACAUAUAUUAAAUGAGAAAAUAAUUAAAUUUAAUUAAUUUCAUCUUUUUUUCUGUUGCAGAUCAGUAUCAAAUUCAUCAAGUUACAUUUCAAAUAACUUUUUUUUUUUAAAAGACUGAAAAAACAACAACCUUCCAUUAAAAACAUAAUUUUAUAAUAAUAUUAUUAAAUUACCUGUUUUAUUUUCUGCUUUAGUGAAUUUGCAUCCAAAAUGGAGAGCAGAACCACUAUACCUCAGCGCAGACAGCAGGCAGUGAGCAGAAGUUCCAGCAAUGACAGCCAGGGAUUUGACCAAAAUGAUGGCAGUGUCUCUGAUUCGGCAGUCACCGCCAGUGUCACUGAGGGUAGGAAACGUCGACCAAGUAUAGGUCACAAAAUGGCAGCACUUGUAGGGUUGAACAGACGUAGCAGCAGUGCUUCCCAGUUAGCGGGUGAGGAAUAUGGGUGUAACCGUGUUUUGCAUUGUGGGUAGGCUUUGGCAAAGGAGGGAGAAGGAGACUAUUUAUUUUUAAUUUUUAUCAAGCUAACAAGAAAAAAGUUCCUCUGUAAAAAAAAAUUUUUUUUAAAAUUAUGAAUAGCAUUUGUUGACAUCCUGUCACACCGUUUUAUACAUAAGUUUUGCUCCAUAUACACUAUGUGAGUAUGUAGCAUGUGCUACAAUACAGAAAUGAUUGGAAGCAAAUAAAAUAAAUUUAUUGAGCUGAAACUGAAAUGGCCUUGAUUGCUGAGGCUAUUUUUAUCCUUUCAAAAGUUUUAAUGGUCACUUGACCUUUGUCAAAAUUAGUGUCUGCUUCUCCCUCUUUCAUCCUUAGGAUCCCCGUCCUAUUUUUAGAAUUCUAUCAUUUUUUGUUCUUUUAAAGAAUAUCUCGCUACCUCACUAUUUUCUCUGUUCAGGGGGAGGUAAAAAACGCAGCUCUUUCCAGCGCAGUGAAGAAAUAGGCCCAGUGGAUCUGAGGGGAGGAAUGUCAAAACAGGCAAGCAAGGACUCUACAGAUGGCAGUAUAGGCAGUAUUAGUAGUGACUCUUCCAGUGUGUAA